UGCCAUUAACUGCACUAUUUUUGGCAGCCUCCAACAGCACAACAACUUCAUUUGACGGAAUUGUGGAAAUGCACAAAAUCUCCAUACCUGGUUAUCUAGGCACUUGCACAGCUCCAGACCAGACUAUGAACGCGGUCUGAGUGACCUGGGGAAGUGGAGGUGAGGGUGGGCAUCAUUAGGGCAUCGACUAUCUUUCAUCUUUUACACAAUGCAUUAAAUAUAUGUAUUAAAUAAAACAGAUGUAAGAUCGAAUUUAUAUACGUCUGUGUGUGAUGCCAUCUUAGCUGGUUGCCGGGUUGUCACCGUGCAUAAAAAUAAUUAAAAGUGUGAGUAUACAGACCAACGCUGCAACGACCCCUCCUUCAAAUGUAACCCCCAUACCCUGCUACCCAUUCGUCGUUUGGUAUCGUAUUCGUAUAGAACAUAUACACACUGGCUUUCUGAACAGUUCACGUGGUUUGUGGGCAGAAAAUCGUGAACAAGGUCUUUACCGCUCUCUCUCUCUCUCUUUUGUUUUUUUGCCUGUUUUUUUUUUCUCAUGUUAUUUUUGUCUUCUUCUCUCUUCGCUUCUUGCUUGUGUGUGUUUGUGUUUCUUUCCUUUAUUCCCCCAUGGUUGUUUUUUUUUCAUUUUUUUUUUGUUUGCUUAAGGAUGUUGAAGACGACCAGUCUUGUGCAGUCUAGUGCCAGACAUUGGGAGUAUCUGACUCCUGCACACUGGUGAGGUCCUCUCAAUUUGUUACAGACUCUCACGACGUUGACAACGGAUGUUAACGGUCAUAGACACUGCAUUUGCUGAAAGGAUCAAAAACAAAGCAGUUCUAAAAAUAGUGAUGCCAGUAACCUGCAUCAGCAGCUGCGUUCGAGUGUGUGCCAGCUUGAAAGUGUUUAUGAAAGUGUUCAGGUGAAUGGGUGAGCGGGUGGCCGGGCUGGACUUUGGUUGAGUUAAAGACGUGUGAAACAGCCUCCACUACCACUUCCGCCACCAGGAUGACCACCGAUACACCACCACCACCACCACCCGACCACCACCGUUACUAUCAUCACCGCUUGUCGAGAGUCGGGUGCUGGCCGAGUGGAGCGGUCACACGGUGAUCAUGUGAACAACACAUGCCAUUGAUGUGCCCGACAUCGCACGCCUCACAACUUCAGGUGGGACAACUGGCGGCGACCCUGGAACCCAGAAUAAUCACUGGCGACUUCACUUGAGGCUGACCAACUCUUAUCACCUGCGUGUAACAUUGGUUCCCCGCCACUCACACAUAAUUCUUCAAGAAAAAAAUUUUUUGCAACCCAAUAUUUUACUGGUCGAAUGUCCAAAAGCAAAACUGAUGCUGUUGUGGAGAAAGUUUUUUUUUUUCAUUCACGGAGCUCAGCUGCAGAAUCAACGGGAGAAUUCAAACCUACCCGCUUGUAACAACGAGAGGUGCUGUGUACCAGAUGUUGGACAACAUUUCAUCGUGGACAAACGACAGGACAGACUCUGGUCGGGAUACUUGAAGACAAAGUGCACAAGCUGAAGAGUCUACCAGAACCACUACUCCAGGCUUCGUGGAAGGCAGGGAAGUGGAGGAGUGGACAUCGUGUGAUUGCUGACUCUACCUGGCAACAGCAAGUAAUAUAUAAUAGUGGUUUGAACUACAUCGGUCAAACCCUAAAGGGCGCCCACUACUAGACAGUUCGAUACCCAUGUGACGAAAAAUCCUCCAGCAGCUGAACCAGCUUUGGAAUGACAGUACCUGACCCUGAGAACAUCAGGCACCAAGGGAGAGGAGGUAAAAAAUGCUCAACAGAUCAUUUCUGUGUUCGUGGGCCGAUGACACAUUCCAACAUUUUGUCCACAAGGGCGAUCAGCCGAAAAGGGUGCAGUCAGCUGACGUCAUCAAACUGUUGGCUGUCAUCUGCAUAACCGUUUUCAUCAUCCUAGGUAACGUGUUCUGCUUGUUCGUUUUGAAUUCUCGACGAACACGUCGCCAUCUGCCGAUGGCUUCCCGCAUGCUUAUGACGUCACUGGCGUGCACGGACUGCAGUAUGGGGGUGUUUGUGACGUCACUUUCCGCCUACCCUGCCAUUCAUGGAUGCUGGCCAUUUGGAGAUAGCAUCUGCAUGUGGCAGGCAUUCAUGCUGUCAGCGCUGUUCCACGAAUCCACGCUGUCUCUCACCCUCAUCGCUGUUGACCGCUACAUGGCCGUGUCGCAUCCCUUGCGCUACCAAACGUUCGUUUCCAAGAGGAUGGUCAUCGGACUGAUCAUCACUUCCUGGAUCCUCUGUUUUCUCGUCUACGGCAUCAUCGUCAUCGGCUUUGGUCUGUAUUACUACGACAUGGUGGCGAUGAACUGUGAGCCGGAGUACUCCAACAGUGAGAUGACCACAUCUGUCCUCGUCAUCUUUUACCUCUUUCCGACGGUACUAAUAGUCGUCUGCUACUUCCGUCUGUACAGAGCGGCACAGGCUCACCGACAGUAUCUGCAACACAACGGCUUUGAAUGCGUCCGUGUCCGCGAGACAACAGCGUCGACGGGUCACCUGCGCGCCACCCGCACCUUAGCCAUAGUCACCAUGGGCUUCUUCGUGGCCGUCACGCCGUGGACUUUGACCCAGUUACUCAUGACCUUGACCCAGAGUCCGGUGCCAGAGUUGGUGGAUUUCACGGUGACGUGGGUGGCCAUCAGCAACAGCUUCUGGAACACCAUCAUCUACUUGGUGUCCAGCACAUCGUACCGCAAGGCUGCGUGUCAGGUGCUCGGCAGGGCCCGGCGCGCGUGCGGCAUCUCCACGUGCAGUCGCCGGACCCAGCGGCGGGACUACAUCAGGCGGCAGCUGCAGCAAAGCCAGCUCGCGCUCUGCGGCACAGCUGCCAUCACCGACCCGCCGCAGAGGCCGGACAAAGAGGAGGAGAUUACCGAGCUGACGGUUUGAAACCCUUGAUCACGUGGUUCCACGGAGAACAGUCCACCCAAAAAUGGUGACCAACUUUUACAAAUAAACACAAGCUCGAAUUUCUAAGACUCACGUGACGUGAUCCAGCAAGUCCGAGCAGCGGUACAAACAAUCAGUCGCACCCAUUGACGUUUGAUAUUCGCGAUUGAAUAAUUGUUUUCAGUAAAUGUCUUUAAAUAAUAUAUUAAAUCCUUAAACUUGAUACAUAAAUAUACAAUUUCCUGCAGAUGAACACUAAGGUCUGGCGCCAAGAUUUUGAAACCCUUGGGGCUUGUGAGCAGGGUUAUGAGGGAAACUGGCAUUUACCCAUGAACAUGUAAUCAAUUUUCAUAGUUCGAUUGAUCAACUCGUCUGUGUUGCUCAAGACUUCCGAAAAUUUUCCCCGGUUAUAGGUCGUGGGUGAAGAUCAGUCCCAUCACGAACUAAUAUCUCUGGACUGCUGGCGUCUGAACCUCGAAGGCCAGUGCUAGCUGGUUCAAAACCCGUGUGAUGCAGUGUACUUCCCCGAGCUGUGGAACGAUUGGGGAAGGUAAGGCAGCAAGGGACAACAAUAUGUGGCUUAACAAUUCGACAUGGUGGAUGUUUUUAACACUUCCACGACUGCAAGGCUACCUUUUUAUUUAAGAACUGUAACGAGGAGGUUAUUUAGCCUGGUAGUUACAAAGCGCCCUCUACUGUGAAAGGCCUGCAGCUGGAAAAUCCCCCACUGCCCACCCAGCACUUAUCAGGAGAGGGUUGUGCUCGAAUUCCACAUACUGUACUGGAACAAGAUGAGUCACUCAUUGCCCUUUUAGCUACUAGGGACUAGUGAUCGACUCUUUACAGUAGCUGUGGGACAUUUAUCUGUAUCCCUUAUGAGCUUUUCCUGAGGCCUUUCCACCAUUUAGUUAAAUUGAGGAAUAGUUAUUGUGCGCUACAUGAAUACAUCAUAUGUACAUGUACAUUGACAAGUGCACUUGUGUAUGUUUAUGCAUGUAUGUCACACAUCUAUCAUCAUCAUUCAUCAUAAAACCAAAAACUAUACACAGUAAAAUGCUGCAAAAAUAUUUUAUUACAAAUCAAAACAUCAAAGUCUGAGCAUUUAAUGUGAAUGCUCUUUUCAAAUUCAACACUCAUGCUUUGAAGAUGAAGAUUUUUGUUCAUGAAAACAAGUACCCAGAUGAUUUUGCAGGUCCACUAGCAACAAAACAUACUCCUUACCCCCUUUAAAAAAAAAUAAAACACUCUCUUCUAUGUGUAUGUUAUCUGAGUCCCCUUUUAGUUCUUCUGAACAUAAGAAGCACAUGGCAGUGUUAAACCUAAGAGAACCACUUUACAAGCGCCUCUGACAUGUGGUAUGGAC